CCUGUUUCACAUAUAUGCGGCCGUGCGCGCCACGUUUUUUGUGGGCACAAGAGCCUAUUCAUUUGAAUGGACUCCCGUGCCCCAGGACACACAGGGAAGAAGUCCCUGCACUUCUUUGGAAACCGCAGCCCGCACAGGAACCUCGGUUCCCAGUACAGUUGCAAUUUCCAGUGCGGGCGGCGUGCCAUUAGAAGUAAUGGCACCCGCCCGCGGGUCCGCAUUCUUCUGUGUGGGUGAUGGGAUCCACAGCGGCACCACCCACACAUAUGUGAACCAAGCCUAACCACAGAACCUGU